AUGGCUUUGCCUCUCCGGAUAGCAGAUCUGCCCAAGAAACCUCUUCCUGGACCAUCUGCAGCUGACCAAGAGUUUGCAGAGGAAUAUCUGCGGCAUUUCUAUGGCUACCAGCCCAAGGCAGAAAGGCAGAAGAGGACCACCGACAUAAGUAAAGAUGAUGAUUCGACAACCGGAUCCUGUGAUAAGAAGACAAAGGUGCAGGAGAUGCAACGGUAUUUUGGUUUGCUUCCAAGUGGAGAGCUCACCGAAGAGACUCUAGCAGUGAUGAAGAAGCCACGCUGUGGACUGUCAGAUGUGGAGCAAGUUGGAGAAACAGUUCGCUGGAAGAAGAAGAGCAUCAGCUACAGGAUCGCUGGCAAAAAAUUCCCCAUCCCAGCACUGAAGGCUCAGAAAGUCUUUAGAAGAGCAUGGAAGCUUUGGUCCAACGUCACACCUCUGAAAUUUCGCAACCGGAUCAUGACCGUGGCUGACAUUGACAUCUUUUUCUAUAGUGGAGAUCAUAAUGAUAGUUCACCUUUUGAUGGCAGAGGAGGAGUCCUGGCUCACGCCUUUAUGCCUGGGCUUCACAUUGGUGGAGAUGUCCACUUUGAUUCUGAUGAAGACUGGAGUUUUAAUUCUACCGGUAUCAACCUGUUUGCUGUGGCAGUCCAUGAAUUUGGCCAUGCGCUUGGCUUGUCCCACUCAUCUGAUCCUGGAGCUAUCAUGUACCCAGCAUAUAACUUUGACCCCAACUAUGAGCCCCAGCUCUCCUUUGAUGAUGUCAAAAACAUCCAAAAACUGUAUGGUGACACCUCCACUGGGCCUCCUCCAAAAACACCUACCAAAUGUGAUCCGUAUUUGUCCUUUGAUGCAGUAACAGAACUACAACAGGAAGUUUUGUUUUUCAAAGACAGGUUUAUGUGGCGCAAACAUCCUGAAUUUGAUGAAACGCGUGUCUCCUUGAUUAGCAGUCUUUGGCCAGACACUGUACCGGCCAACUUGGACGCCGUUUAUGAGAAUACGUGGGAAAAUGUUGUUGUUUUUUUUAAAGGUAACCAGUACUGGAUGCUGAGGCAGUUAAAGCUUGAGGAAGGAUUCCCUAGAAGCAUCUCAACCUUGGGCUUCCCUUCCAGAAUAAAAUCUGUAGAUGCUGCUCUUCACUUCAGAGAUGAGGGCUAUACUGUGUUCUUCACUGGUGACGAGUGUUGGAGGUACAACGAGGAACAAAGGUUGAUGGAGGGAUCACCAAUGUCUACUGAGGAGCAGUGGCCAGAGAUCCCAAUGCCUAUAGAUGCUGCUGUCUUCUAUGAUGGAUCUGUGCACUUCUUCAAAGGAAACUUGGACUACAAAUACGACUCCAACUUCAAACGUGUGCGCUCCAUCAGUCGUGUUAAUGAGCUGCUGGAAUGUGAAGUGAAGGAAGGCAAUGAAACAGUGACAGAGAGGAAGUGA